UCUCCUCAACACGGAGCAGUGCCAUGACAGCGUGUACCCCAGUGCGCCCUGUAUCCAGGCAGCCGCGGGACGGCAGCGAGCCCCUGUGAGCCAGCAGCCAGCAGCGUGGCAGGGGCAGAUACAGCCCUCCCGGCCCCGGGCGAGGAGGGGGCUGGAGGCAUGGACAGCUCAACGGCAUCGCCGGAGGAGGGACCCUCUGUGCCAGAGCCCUCAGAGGGACUGGUGACAGAGCACCAAGGGGCCCCUGGCCAGCCCCACACGCUGUACCUGGGGAACCUGAACCCACGGUACUCGCCAGAGGUGCUCUGCAGCAUGCUCAAGGACAUCCUGGGCACAGCCGGCCUGGUCCUCCAGCGGCACCACAUUGAGGUGGUGAAGAAGCCGAGGCGGGCCUGUGCCUUCGUGCAGCUGGGCAGUGAGAUGAACCUCCAGCACAUUGCAAAGCAGCUCCUGGAUGCUGCAGACAUGGAGCAGCGCCUCAUGAGGGAGCUGGUGGUCAAGGGGAAGACACUGGUGGUCUCGGAAGGCAAGCAAAGGGCACCCAGCUCCCAGGAGGACAGGGAGAGCGACUUGGAGGUGAUCGUGAGCAGCCCCCCGGCACAUCGAAGCCCGGGAUCUCGCAAGCCCGGCAAGAGCAGGGCACGAGGCGUUGAGGCCACCCAGCUCAACCCCAAGCCCUGGGGCUCCCCGGCAGCCCAGCCAUCACUGUUUCGGAGAGGGACCCGCUCUGACAGUGCUAUAGUGAAGCAGGAAAUCGUGGGCCAAGAGCGCCUCUUCUACGGGGCCUUCAUGGGCAGCGAGACCAGGAACGUGGAGUUCAAGCGGGGCAGUGGGGAGUACCUGAUGGGCACCCUCAAACACCACAUCCGCAAGUACGUGUGCGCCUUCCUCAACAGCGAAGGUGGCAGCCUCUUCGUGGGAGUGGAGGACACAGGCUUCGUGCACGGCGUCCACUGUGGGCACAGGGAGGAGGAUCGCAUCCGCUUGCUCGUUGACUCCAUCCUCAAAGGCUUUAAGCCCCAGGUGUUCCCCAACACAUACGCCCUGACCUUCAUCCCCGUGGUAAAGGCAGGGGACCCGGGGACAUGCCUCAAGGUGAUCCGGCUGAGCGUCCAGGCACCGGGGCCGCAGGGCGAGCUGCUGCUCUAUGAGACGGACCAGGGUGAAGUGUACCUGCGCCGGGACGGCAGCAUCCAGGGCCCGCUCUCUGGAAGCGCCAUUCAGGAGUGGUGCCGGCAGAAAUGGUCAGGAGAAUUGAAGAAGCUAGAGGAGAAGACAGAGGUGCUGCUGAAGGAGAAGGAAAACCUGCUGCAACAACUCAACCAGCUACAGAGCCCACAGCCCAGGUCCAAAGUCUGCACCAUUGCAUGAGCAAGGCUGGAGACGGAGAAACAAGGAAACCCGGAGUGUAAGGAAGAAAGUGCUUCCCUGUGCAUCACUGGAGCCCGACUUUGCUCCAGUAAGGGCAGCGGUUGGCAACGGCAGGGUGACCUGGGCCUCACUGACAGGCAACCAUUGCCCUCGGACACUUGUGCCCAGAGUGGCUUUGGGCACCAGGGAGCUGGUUACUUAUCCAAUAGCUCAGGCGCUGCUCACGCUACCGCAGCUUGCAGUAGAUGCUGACAGCAGCAGUGAUGCUGCUUUCUGCCCUACAGAAACACACAUCCCAAAGAGACUGCACUGCUCUGAGCAUCUGAGUGGACCUACCACCCCUCAAUGGACACCAGGAAAGCAGCUCUGCAAGAGCUGGAGGAACAGGGAGGCACUUGGGCUUUGCAAGCAGUCCCCCAAGGGAACCCCAAGGCCGCUCGGGGUGUAAUUCAAUACAAAACUCUCAUUUUUUUCCCCUGCACUGAUCUCAUUUCUCAGUAAGCUGUAGGCUUAGCCCAGCUUCACGUAAGUGGCAGAAAUCUAGUGCCUACGACUUCCUUUCUGCUGGCACAGCGGGGGCAGAUCAGACACACUGACCCAGGAGUACCUUAAACAUUCAUCUUAGACUGAGGGAAGGUUUUUUGACCCACCCUGAGCUCCUUCUCAGAACUGGUUUUCUCCACUAGACUACAAACAUGGAGACAAAUAAACAAAGGUUACUGAUACCCUUCCUUCUUGCACAUCCUUGACUAGCAGGUUUCCCCAGGGCUGGGAUGCUGAAGCCCAGUAAUUUCAGCAGGACUUCAGAAACACCUGUCUAAAAACCACUGCAAACAUAGCUAAUUAACAUCUUCUAGUUUAUACUGGAUUAACUAAAAAUGAGACAAGAGUAUACUUAGUUCUUUUUCUCCCUCUGAAAUAUGGAAGUAAUAUAGCAAGCUCUUGGCUAGUUAUUUAUUUUAUUACAAAUAAGCAUUUCAUGACAAAGUCAGUUACAGUUUUGGCCAAAAUAAAGACACUUCAUGAGAAAGAAAACAAAGACGUGCUACAGAUUACAAACGAUCUCACACUGCUAAAGAACCAGCCAUUUUAUGGCUGGU